ACUGUGCAAAGAAAGAAAAAGAGAAGCAAGGCUAAACCCAAGAUUACGGAUCAGAAGGGCCCAAAGGUCGACACGAGUGGGGCUCCAGAAGCUGAAGUGCCUAAAACAGACAGGAUGGAACCCUCUCCCCUGAAAUCAAAAAAAGAAGAGGAGGAAGAGGAAGACAUUCCACAACUGGUUCCUAUCGAAACUCAGCCGCCUGAGAAAAAAGAUCAGGUAGCCAAGCUAGAGACGGGCUCUCCGAAGCUGCGCAGCAAAAGGAAGGCAGAGAUCCCUGUUUCACAGCCGGAAACACCCGUGGAGGCCUCCGUCUUAGAGAAAUCAACCCCACAAAGGCCUGGUCGAAAAGCCAAGACAGCCGCGCAGGAGAUUUUGGGAAAGACGCAGAGCAAGGAUUCCCAGCGACCUUUGGCAAAAUCAACUGUGGCUCCCAAAAGGCCAAAAACUCCUAAAUCAGACAAGAAACCCCAAAUUCCCAAACGGGACCUGAGAAAAGUGAAAGUGCCACUGUCCCUUUGAGCGGAGGAAGAACAUGGGCUAUUUUCGUAGCAAGAUCAAAGGAAGCUUGGCAGAGAAGACGUUUAAUUCAAUGCUGGUUCACUUGUAAAACGUCCUGUGAUUUUGUUUUCCAUUGCGGGAAUAAAACAAUGUCCUGUUUUA